AUGUCGCUUUCCAAGCAGGACUCCGACCAGGGAGUGGCCAAAAUGGCCAUGGAGGCGAUGGUGAAGGAGCUCAAGGAGUCCACAAGCUCAAUGACAUCUGUUCCGAAGCCGUUGAAGUUCCUGCGACCUCAUUACUCCACCCUGACCGAGCACUAUGCCAAGAUGCCUGCGAACGACUUGAAGCGAUUCUUCGCUGACGUGCUGUCCAUCCUAUCAACCACUAUGCAAAAGGAAGGGUCCAGACAAGCUUUAAAGUACCGGUUGGAGGGAACGAAGGAAGGCCUCACUAGUUGGGGCCAUGAAUACAUACGAAACAUUGCCGGUGAGAUCGGAGAGGAGUUCAAGGAGCGCACCGACAAAGGCACUGACGUGGGCGACCUUUUAGCACUCGUUGAGGAGAUCGUGCCUUUCAACAUGCAGCACAAUGCAGAAGUGGAUGCUGUUGAUCUUCUUUGCGAAGUUGACCAAGUGCAGACGAUCGAGAAGCUUUGCGAAGAGCCGUCCUUUAUCAGAGUGUGCCUGUACCUACAGGGCCUUGCCAACUUUGCGGCAACUCAGGCGGACAAGGUAAUGUACCUGAACGUUUGCAUGAACCUCUACUUGAAGUACAAGGAGUACGUGGGGGCGCUUCGAAUCGCCUUGAAGCUCAACGACGCGAAAGCUGUCGCUGCUGUUUUCGGUGCUUGCGAA